AUGCUUUCCCUACAGUCCCUGGCCCUGGUGGCUGCGGCCGCCAUAAUGAUGCUGGCCAUGGCUAGCGCGCAGAGCGCGGCGGCAUCAACAACGACGAUCCACCUGAUGGAGAGGCUCCUCACCGAGAACAUGACUUUGCUAGAAGGAAGUGUGAUCUCGGCCGACGCGACAGCCACCACGCUCGAACUGGACUGUAAAGCUUCAGCGAGCUCAAUCUGCACUUCUUCCGGUAUGCUCUGGCCGCAGACCGUUACCGUCGGGCCAUCUGUCCAAGGAAUGAAUUUCGAUAUCACCACUUACUGGGGCUCAACACUGUGGAUUGUUUCGGCGAGCGCGUCGUGCGUGGUUACGAACACCUCCAUGGGCGCCGAGUGUGUGCUUUCCACAAGUUCAUGGCACUCUGCUGGGACUACCAUAAACUCAUCAUCGGUAGACGGGACCACUGUUACCGUCGAGCCGACUCUGGCCUUUGGCACUGUUCCUGUUGUUUCGGGCUUGGACAAACUUGCUACGGCCACCACAACUGAUGCUUCACCUGCCAGCGCUGCUACCACGACAUCGGCACCAAACACCGGUACUGCGACAGCAACGAAUAAUCCAUCUACCUCUCCAUCUUCAUCUGACAAUGCCUGGAUCGCGGGCCCCGUGAUGGGCGCUCUAGCUGGAAUUGCUUUGGUUGGAGCAUUGGCAUUUUGGUACUUCCGACGGACUCGCAAUAACGCUGCAGAUACAGAAGGCGCCAAUUUCGCAGGGGCUGGAGCUGCAGGAGCCGCAGAUUGGGACAGACGACGAGAACUACAGGGCACAUAUGAGCCUCCAGAGCUUCAAGGCAAUGCACCUCCCUCGGGACUUCAUUCAGAAGCUACCAAGGUGGAGCUGCCAGCUACGCAAUUGGAUUUGGAUAAAAAAAGAGAGAUGGAGACCCGGCGCAAUACUCAUGAGCUGCCGUGA